AUGGCCGAGAAAGAGUCCAGCUCCAACAGCAACAAGAUUGCUCAGAUGGAGCAAGUGGUGACCGCAGCCUUACGUCCGUUGCCCACUCAGACUGGCGAUGGCACCUAUGUGCAACAGCCAACCAUGACGGGCCUAGCCAAAGAUCUGCUUCACUUUGACUUGCAAGAUGCCAAAACGUUGACCGAGCUGGCUAAAACUGCCGUGACUGGCGAGGCUGUGGACGACAGAGAGUAUACUAUGGAACGAAUGAUUCAGCUUGCUGCUGGCCUUCCUUCGACGUCUCGAAACGGCAAGGAGCUGACGAAUACUUUCCUGACUCAAUUGUGGGGUGAUCUGGAGCACCCUCCUGUCUCUUAUCUUGGACGCGAGGCGGCAUAUCGGAGCGCUGAUGGGUCUGGAAAUAAUUAUUUCUGGCCUCAAAUUGGAGCUGCUAGCACUCCGUACGCACGGUCUGUUCGACCAAAGACCAUGCAGCCUGCGAGUCUUCCGGAGCCGGAGGCUCUCUUCGAUAGUCUCUUGGCCCGGCAGGGUUUCAAGGAACACCCGAACAAGAUUUCCAGCGUGCUAUUCUAUCUUGCCUCUAUCAUCAUUCACGACCUGUUUCAGACGGAUCCUCGGGAUCAAACAAGAUCAUUGACCUCCUCGUAUUUGGACUUGUCUCCGCUUUAUGGUAACAAUCAAAAGGAGCAAGAUACUGUCAGAACGUUCAAGGCUGGAAUGCUGAAGCCCGAUUGCUUUUCCGCCAAGCGGGUCCUGGGAUUCCCCCCAGGCGUUGGGGUCCUUCUGGUAAUGUUCAACCGUUUCCACAACUCCGUUGCCGCUCAACUGGCAGCCAUCAAUGAAGGUGGACGUUUUACUAAGCCGGAUGAAUCAAAUGCCCAAGCUUAUGCGACCUGGGAUAACGACCUUUUCCAGACUGCACGACUGGUCACUUGUGGUCUUUAUGUGAACAUCAUCCUGAAAGAUUAUGUCCGGACCAUUCUCAAUGUCAACCGAACUGACAGCAUAUGGAGCUUGGAUCCCCGUGCAGACAUUAAAGAUGGCUUGCUUGGAGAGGCACCUGCCCAGGCCACUGGAAACCAAGUAUCCGCUGAGUUCAAUCUUGUUUAUCGCUGGCACUCUUGUGUCUCGGCACGAGACGCAAAAUGGUCAGAGGAGCUGUAUGACGAGCUGUUCAAUUGUCACGAUCCAAAGCAGAUUAGCCUGCAACAAUUCACGCAGGGUCUCCGACAGUGGGAAUCAAAGCUGCCGGCUGAUCCCCAGGAACGUCCUUUCGCGAAAUUGCAGCGCCAGCCAGAUGGGAAGUUCAACGAUGAUGAUCUGGUAAAGAUCUUCCAAGAGGGUGUUGAGGAUCCUGCUGGAGCGUUCGGUGCUCUGAAUGUGCCGGAGGUCUUCAGAGGAAUCGAGGUUCUUGGCAUCAAGCAGGCACGCUCUUGGAAUCUGGCCACCCUGAACGAGUUCCGUCAAUACUUCGGCCUGGCUUCUUACACAACGUUCGAAGAGAUCAAUCCAGACCCGUACAUCGCAAACCAGCUAAAGCAUCUCUAUGACCAUCCUGACCUCGUGGAGUUGUACCCCGGGCUCGUUGUCGAAGAGGCUAAACAGCCGAUGACCCCGGGUAGCGGUCUAUGCACUAACUUCACGACCUCUAGAGCUAUUCUAUCGGACGCAGUCGCUUUGGUCCGUGGUGAUCGAUUUUACACUGUUGACUUCACACCGAAGCAUCUCACAAAUUGGGCGUUCAAUGAGAUCAGCGCUGACACCUCUAUUGACGGUGGCCAGGUAUUCUACAAGCUAGUCCUGAAGGCCUUCCCCAAUCACUUCCGUGGUGACUCCGUUUACGCUCACUUCCCGAUGGUGGUGCCUGAGGAGAACAAAAAGAUAUUGACUAGCCUCGGUCGAACUAAAACCUACAGCUUUGACCGACCUUUCCUCAAAGCUCCGACUCUCUUCAUCAAUUCACACUCUGCCUGCACGAAAAUCUUGAAUGACCAACCAGGAUUCAAGGUAGUCUGGGGCGAGAAGAUCCAAUUCUUGAUGGAGAAUAGCGGUCGUCCCUACGGCCGAGACUUCGCCUUGUCGGGCGAUCUCCCUGCCAACGCAAGUUCUCGAAAAAUGCUUGGGGCUGCCUUGCACCGUGAUAAAUGGGAGUCCGAAGUGAAAGCCUUCUACGAGGAUAUCACUUUGAAACUCCUUGAGAGAAACUCUUAUAAAGUCGCCGGUGUCAAUCAGGUUGAUAUCGUCCGUGACGUUUCCGUUCUCGCUCAGGUCCAUUUCUGUGCCAACGUUUUCUCCUUGUCUCUCAAGACAGAGUCCAAUCCGAGAGGCGUAUUCAGCGAACAGGAGUUGUACCAGAUCAUGGCUGUAAUCUUCGCUUGCAUUUUCUACGACGUGGAUGUGUCCAAGUCUUUCCAGCUUUGUCAGACUGCUCGCAGUGCUGCACAACAGCUGGGUGAGCUGACGCUAGCAAACGUCGAGCUGGUGUCUAAAACUGGAUUUAUUUCCCACUUGGUCAAUCGCCUACACCGUCACGAUAUCUUGAGUGAGUAUGGCGUCCACAUGAUCCAACGCUUGCUUGACAGCCAGUUGCCGGUUAAGGACAUUGUGUGGUCGCAUCUCCUCCCCACGGCUGGUGCAAUGGUUGCCAAUCAAGGCCAGCUCUUCUCCCAAUGUCUUGAUUACUACCUCUCAGAAGAAGCCGCGGAGCAUCUGGCUGAGAUCCAACGUUUAUCCCGGGAGGACACCCCUGAGGCUGACGAGCUUCUUGUGCGAUACUUCAUGGAAGGAGCGAGACUUCGAUGCUCCGUGGCAUUGCCUCGCUUUGCCACUAAGCCUACAGUGAUUGAUGACAAUGGCGAGAAGAUCACUCUGAAGGCUGGCCAGGAAAUCCUUUGCAACCUUGUUGUUGCCGGCCGCGACCCCAUUGCAUUCCCCGACCCGGAUAAGGUCCGUCUUGAUCGUGAUAUGAGUUUGUACACUCACUUUGGCUUUGGUACUCAUCAAUGCUUGGGCUUGAAAAUGUGUCCGACUGCACUCUCCACCAUGCUCAAAGUGCUCGGGCGACUCGAUAAUAUUCGCCGUGCUCCCGGACCACAAGGUCAUCUGAAGAGGCUUGAUGGCUUGGGAGGAAUCGCCAUGUAUAUGGACGCUGAGCACAAGAGCUUCUCCCCGUUCCCCAUGACUAUGAAAGUCCAGUGGGACGGGGACCUGCCUGCUAGGAGGGGGUAA